AUGUUUUCUAAAAGACCCGACAAAUAUACAACUGGACUUAUCAAUCUUCGUAAUGAUUGUUUUGCAAAUUCGUCAUUACAAGCUUUCGCAUCAUUACCUACAUUGGCUGAAUAUCUCAAUAAAUUCAUAACCCAGUGCUAUGAUUUGAAGCAGUUCUUAGCUAACGGUGAAUAUGACUUAUCUGAUGUUGACGAAAUAAUGCGCAAGAAACUGGAGGAGAUCAAUGCCAAUUCCAAGUUUCGUCAUUUGAAAUCAAAAUUCGAAAUCCCCUUACACUUGUCAUUAGCAAAGAUUGUCAAAAAGCUCCAGGCAACCACAUUAACUAAUCAGAGCAUUUCUGUCUGGACUUUUCUUAAUGAUUUAGAAGCAGUUUUCUCUGCCAAAAUCUCUAGAUCUCAACACGAUGCUCAGGAAUUGACUCAAUUGAUCUUUGAAACUUUGGAGAAUGAAAAUAUGAAUUGUAAACGGUAUCUCAAAUUAAUUAAGGAACAUCAUCAUCAAGAUAUCCAAUUUGAAUUAUUUGACGAUUUUGAAGAAUUCCCCUUCUCUGGUCUUAUCAUGCAACAAAUGACUUGUUUGAAGUGUACUCAUCUUUCAAAACCUUCAUUUUCCCCCUUCCUUAUGCUCACUUUACAUACACCUCAGACAUUGGAUGUUGACCUUAUGACUUUGCUUGAUAAAGAGGCAGAAGAAUCUAUUGAAGGUUAUCAUUGUCUAAGAUGCCGUUUGGCAGCAAUUUACAAUGUGGAAUCAAGCUUAUCCCCAGAAAAACAAUCUCCAUUCUACCCUAAAAUUGCAGAGUUCAAUGCCAUUUCUAAUUUACCAAUAAAUCAAGAUCUACCUAAAGAAAUUGAAAAGUUCAUUGAACAAUAUAAUGCCAAUGGACUUAACAUUAAUACCAUUACUCUGACAGUAUUCAGAACACUGAAGAUACUCAAGCCACCACGGAUUUUUGGAAUUCAUCUUUCUCGGUCUAACUUUAACGGUGUUGAUGUAACCAGAAAUCUGUGUCGCGUUCAUUUUGAGGAUGUGCUAACCUUAUCUAUUGGAAAGCAAUACACUGAUCAACUCAAGGAAUACCAAGGGGAUAUCGCCAUUGAUUAUCCAAUUAAUACAUCUGUAUUAACCACAAACCCUGAGGAAGAAGAAAUGAAGGCAGAUGCUGUUCAGCAUGUGGAAGAAACGGCUGAGACAACCCCAAGUACGGAUGAUGAAGAUAUGGAUCCCUUGGCAAAGACCAAACGUGUCCGAAGUCGUCGUUCUACUAGUGAAUCAUCCAGACAACAUGGAACUGAUGAUGUUAUUUCUGUUGGGAGUGAUGAGAUUCAAAUGGAUGAAGAGGAUGAACUUGAAAUAUUAGAUGCAAAGCAUAAUUUUUAUAAUUCACCUAUUUCCAAAUCUCAAUCGGAUAAAUUGAGAGAACUAUUCCAAAAUUUCAAGUUCUCCACCGAUGAUAUCUAUAAAUAUAAACUUAAGUCUAUGAUCCGUCAUUAUGGAUCUCAUACUAUGGGUCACUAUGAAUGCUAUCGUCGGAAACCAAUUUACGCCAAAGACCGUGAUGGAAAUAUUUUCAAAUUAGCCCCCGAAGUUGAUGGGGAUACAGUAGCAGAUAUGGAGAAAAUAUCAAACGAUGAAAAUAAAGAAUCUUCCCCAGAUGGAGAUGAUUCAACAAAUGCUUCGGUGGACAACUCAAACUCUGCUGCUUCCGAAAAUGCUCCAUCUUCUCCACAAUUAAGACGUCGUCUUUCAAACUUUGUUGGUCGCAGACAAAGUGUUUUUCAAGCAGAAAUUGGUGGUUCAGUAAAGGAAACUCCAAAUAAAGAUGGUGCUAGAUCACCCACUGAACUUGUUGUUGGUGAGCUUGAUGCAAGACCUAUUUUAGCACUUGGUGCCGUUGAUAAGUCCCUUCAAGAAUUCUCAAAAACCAACGUAACUUUGAAAAAGCUCCCUACCAGCGUUAAAUAUCCUUUCUGGCGUAUUAGUGACAGCCAAGUAACAGAGGUCCCCAAAACUUCUGUUCUUUGUGAGCAUGCUGCAGCUUACAUGAUCUAUUAUGAGAGAUCUGAUACGGUCAUGUAA